AUGAAGUGCGACGCUGUGAUCGAGAAAAUCAAGGCCCGCGUUGCCGCGAUCGACCCGAACGGUCCGCGCAAGGUACUCGGUGUGUUCCAGCUGAACAUUGAAGCUGCCGACGGCCUGCACGAAAUUAUUGUCGACCUGAAGGCACUGAAGGUGUCCGACGGUAAGGCCAGCUCGCCCGAUGUGGUGAUCAACCUGAAGGAUGAGGACUUUAUCGCCAUCGGUACGAAGCAGGUCCCGGUGAAGGAUGCCGUCGCCCAGGGCAAGGUGUCGAUGACCGGUGAUCAGAACCUGUUCCAGGCGCUGGUCGAUGCGAUCUAA